UCUGCUUCUUUACAGCUGAGAUUCUUUACCUCAACUCGCACAUUAAUUCGUGUGUUAAGAUAAUAACAUUUCUUGUGCGUUCGGUCCGGCAAGAAUGCAUAAAAGAACAUGCUCUUUGCUGGACUCGAGUUUAUUCCCCUCGCAUCAACAUCCAGAUAAUAGUGCAUCAGAAUGAAGUUGGAAAUUGUCACGUGGAUGGUGUUUUUCGAGUUGAGCUUGAUUAUCGUCGGGCAUCCGCUUUUGGAUGAGAAAUUACGAAAACAUUUCUAUGGGGUAAGCAGUGAAGAAAAAGUGAUAGAAGACAUGGUUGAAGAAGAAGAAGAUGCAAGACCCAAGCGUCUUGUAGAGGACGUUACCUUGAUUAAUGGUCUGGAUCCGGAAUUGUUGAAACGUUUCUAUGCCGAUGAGAAGAAAUGUGGAUGUAAAGAAGUGACAACUGAAGUGGUGAUAUCAACGACGACAGCCAAGAAGAAGAAACGAAAAACAGAGUGCGUUACAACUACCACGGAGAUUCCUACUACAAUCUAUUGUUUGCCGAGAACAACCACUACAAUCAAGCCAACUACAACUAGACGUUCAACAACUGGAAAGCCAAUCACAACUACUUGUCGCCCUGUAACAACUACCACGAGGAAACCAACAACUACUUCAUCAACCAGUAGUCCAUCUACAACAACCACAAGAAAGCCUACUACAACAACAAUAAUUACUACUACUACUAUUACUACGGUGGUCCCACCAACUACUACCUCAACGCAUUAUCAUACUCCAUCAACAACUACGUCAACUGCCAAGCCGACAAUAAAACCAUGUAAAACCACAAGUACCACUAUGGCACCUUCAACAACGACAUCAAUUACUCCCACAACGAGUUCGUCCACAGCUUCACAAACCACAACAGCAACCACCACGUCAACCCAUAAGCCAAUAACCCAUCGUCCCAAAGGACCCCAUUACCACCCGCUCUUCCAUCCCUCAAAACCAGGCCAUCCGCUGCUUCCAGCGAACCACCCACUGCUCCCACAUUUCCCGGAACAUCUCAACCAUCACAACGUAACAGAAGCCAGCGGGGAACUCCCCGUUCAUCCCCCGCUAAUCCCCCGUCGACACCGUCUACCGCAGAUCUACCUGCGUCCGGAUUGUAGCGACGUGGAAACCUGCACCCAGCAUCGAGAAGCCAUCCGGCGUAUCCUUCGUAGGCUGAACCGACUUGGCCCAUCCGACCGGAGAUCGGACUCCGAGCUGGACCAAGGCCCGCUCAAACUUGACACGGUUGGAUUGAGGAUUCCCCGCCAUCGGACGGUGGGCGUGGCUCCGGUCGUGAUGAGCUACGAUCGAACCCGAGAUGUUCGGGAAGAUUCGAAUCCGGGGGCAUGUCGGCGACCCGAAGAACACCGGGACUACGUGCGCUACCUUAGGAGGACGCUACGGGAAGUGAAGCGGAACUUGAGAAUGCAAUGGAACGAACUGCCGCAGUGUACGGACCACCGGUGAUUGUUGCGUCUGAAAGCUAUUGUGAUGUAAGGAAUGAAAUAAAUGCGCUUGUGUGUAAAUAGU